AUGGACUACCAAUCCCUCGUCGUAAAAACUCAUAAUCGCCCUUCUACUUCCAAACACACAGCCGAGUCCAGAUAUUGGAGGCAAUUUAAGCAUCCCGUCUUCGUAAAAGAAUAUGCCCCAAUCACAUCUGUCCACUUUUCUCCCUCAAAACCGCACAGGUACGCUGUGACUGCCGCCACCCGAGUGCAAAUAUAUGCACCCCGCACCCAAAAGCUCACGAAAACAAUAUCACGAUUCAAGGACGUCGCUCGAAGCGGAUGUAUUCGAGGAGACGGCAAACUCGUAGUAGCUGGUGACGAUAGCGGGUUGAUACAGAUUUUUGAUAUUAAUUCUCGAGCCAUUCUUCGCACACUGGAUUCUCAUAAGCAACCCGUUCACGUUACCAAAUUUUCUUCACUGUCACCAACUCAUGUUCUGUCUUGUUCUGACGAUACAACUGUCAAGUUAUGGGAUGUACCCUCGCAAACUGCAGUCACGACGUUCACGGAGCAUACAGAUUAUGUUCGUGCUGGACAAAUUUCGACUGCAAACCACAAUAUCAUUCUUACCGGUUCCUAUGAUGGGACAGUCAGAUUAUUCGACGCACGCUCAGGCCUAUCCGAAAUGGUUAUGGCUACCGGUGAUCGACAAGAACACUCAGAUAUAGCUCCUGUUGAACAGGUUUUGAUGUUUCCCUCAGGCACCGUUGCGUUAUCGACAUCUGGUCCAAUUCUUCGAGUCUGGGACAUUGUUGCGGGAGGUCGAUGUACACGAGCGUUGUCAAAUCAUCAGAAAACUGUUACUGCUCUUACUUUUAAUGCCAAUAGUGAUCGCCUUCUUACUGGAAGCUUGGAUCAAAUGGUCAAAGUUUACGAUGUCUCCACAUAUAAGGUUGUUCACACAAUGCGAUAUCCGUCGCCCGUACUUUGUUUGGCUAUCUCGCCGGAUGACACUCAUAUACUGGGAGGAAUGUCGGACGGCACUCUAUCCAUUCGAAGGCGAGACCCCAAAGCAAGUGAAAUCGUCCAAAGUGACCAGACCCGCCUUGAUGCUCCAGCUCUUCUCCAUGAUAUCAAUAUCGGACACGGUUUGCAACACCAAAAAUUGCCCAUUAAACCGCUUAUGGAUUCUUCGGAACUGCGAGUUCAAAGUCAAAGCACAAGAAAAUUGAAAGAGUACGACAAGUUGCUCAAGAGCUUCAAAUAUUCUGCUGCCCUAGAUUCAGUGCUUAAAAAGAACGUGCCACCCACUGUGACAUUUUCACUGAUCCAAGAGCUAAUCCACCGUGAUGGACUCCGAAUAGCUCUUGCUGGACGCGACGAUGUUUUGCUUGAACCUAUUCUUCGUUUACUUUCGAAAUAUAUUUCUGACCCUCGAUUUGGAGAAUUAGCAGCUGAUGUCACUGGCCUAGUGAUUGACAUGUAUACAUCUGUCAUUGGUCAGGCACCUCUUAUCGAUGCCCUCUUUCUACGGUUACGUAAAAAGGUUGCAGCGGAACUUCGCUUUCAGGAAGAAAUUGUGCGAGCAAAAGGUGCUUUAACAAUGAUUCUGUCAUCUGCCAUUACACCAGCCGCUAGAUAA